GCAUGUAACAUGGUGUGGCACUACGUACAUGAUACGUGUAUGUGACAUAACCUUCACUGAUUUUUCGUUAUCAUGCAAUAUUUUUUGCGUUUGACGAUGUAAAGUGUUCCUAGAAUUUUAUAAACAACGUGACAUUUGAUAAAUAUCGUGUAGUGAACACUACUGCACGAUGAAUCUAAGUAAAACGGAGAAAUUAAUAGCUGCUAAGAAAAAGCUAAAAGAAUUCCAGCUUCAAAAAAAAUUGCAAGCACAAGAGAUCUCGUGCAAGCAACAAAAUAUGGAUAUAAUGGAUGAAUCCAUAUCACAGUGCCAAACAAGUUGCCAAAAUUUUGAAGUGAAUAAAUUUUGCGAUCAGAAUAAGCAAUAUGAAAUGGAACACACAGAGAACUUAAUCCAGUCUAAUAAACAUCUGGAUGAUAUAAACAUUACAGACGAAGCAGAAAAUGUAUUAAAUCUUAGUGACACUAAUAUUUCAAUAAGUGCAACCAAAAGUAAAAUAGCAAGUAGUAGUGACAUAACGGAAAAGAACAUUCCCAUUUUGGAAAGUUGUGCAGAAGAUACUAUAUUGUAUGAAACUAAUAAUAAAAAUACCACAAAUUUGUAUCUUCAGCCAGAUUCACAUUUAAUAGAAAACGAUGGAAAAUAUAAUUUGAAUAGUGCACCAUUGAAUGGAUCAUCAACAAUGCAAAAAGAACAUUUAUUAGAAAUGGCCUCAGAAGUUGCUAAUGUGCUCACUGAUACAGAUCACACUGAACCAACUUUGUUCGAUCUUGAUCUAAAGUGUCGCAAUCAAUUUUUAAGUACUUGCUUAGAAGAGCAAAAACAACUUGUAAAUGAUUUACAUAUUCAAGUUAGCCGUUAUAGUAGCAGAGUGGCUGAACUGGAAGGGAUUCUCGCUACAAAGGAUUCUGAGUUUGAAGCCAAAUUCAUUCGCGAAAUAAGUCCCCUAAAGGAGCAAAUACAAGUUCAUGCGCAGACUACUGGCAUUUUGAUAGCAGAAAAGGCAGAGCUCACAGCAGCUUUAGAACAGAAUCAGAAGAUUGCAAGACAAUACUCAGAAGAGUUAGAAGAAACGAAUGGAAAACUGAAACAUAGUCAAUUUCGUAUUAAUGAGCUCGAAAAAGAAUUAACUCAAACAAAGAGUAGUUCUACGGACACUCAGAAAAAUGUUCAACAUAUACAACAAGCCUAUGAUGAUCUUGAAAAGAAAUAUUAUGAACUCAGAAAAGAAAAGGAAGAUUUAGAAUUAGAAACAUCAGAAUUGAAACAAAAAUUAAAUUUAAAGAAUACCGAAUUUAUUAGCUUGCAACAAGAAUUUCAAGAAAAAGCAGCCUUACUUUCCUUAAAUGAAUUAAGAAUACAACAGUUGACCGAUACAUCACAAACAUUAGAAUCUCAGCAUCAAACAGCAACGGUAAUGGAACAACAAUUGACUCAAAUGAGGGAAACUUUGAAGUUGGUGAGUAAUGAAAAGGAUGAAGCUAGCAGACAAUAUCAGAAUUAUGUACGACAAUUGGACAUGCAACAAGCAAAACUGCUUAAUGAACUUGAAAAUGAAAGAAAAGCAAUCAGUGAUUUAGAAAGCAGAGAGAAAACUUAUGUACAACAUUUAUCGGAAUUGGAACAACAACUACAACAUGAAAGAGAGAAAAAUGAAACUUUACUGCCACUACAAGCACAUAAUGAUGAGAUAAGUAAUUUAAAGAAAAAUAUCGAGGAAUUGACUUUACAGUAUGAAAGGCUUCAUAGCAUAUUGUCUGAAAAGGAUGCGGAGAUCGAAACUUUAACGAACGAAGUGCAAGAAUUACGGGAUACAAAAAAUAAUAAUGCAGAUGCGGCAAAAUUAGUACAGGCUCUCGAAAGCGAAAAACUUGGUGCAUCUAGAGCUGUUUUACAAAAUCAACAAUUAAAGAAACAGUUGACUGAAAUGCAAAAUGCUUUUGUCACACUUAGUAAUACUAAAUUAGAUUUAACGGAACAACUCCAAGCUGAACGAAAUAUUGGCAGAAAGUUAAAUGCAAAAUUGAAUACUUUUGAGACGGAAAUAGACAAUUUAAAGGAAAGAUUAAAGGAAAAGGAAAUAUUUUUAAUAGAAUUAGAGAAAGAAAAGCUGCAAAACGCGCAAAUUGCAGAUCAAAUGCAGCACUAUCAAGCUCAAUCUCACCACGCUCAUACACUUCAACAAGAAUUACAUAAUGCUUUGAUUUAUAUAGAAAACUUAAAAAAAGAAAAUGAGGAACUUUUAAAGAAGUUAAAACAUAAAGUAAAAGAAGAGACAAGUUUAUCUCAAAAAUCUAUAAAUAUUAACGGAGAUCAGUGCAUAGCGAAGAAUGAGCAAAAUCCUGAUGAUAUUGCAACAACGCACAGUUUACUACUCUCGGAGAAUACAAAUACUUCAGAUAAUUCUGGGCCUAUUACAAAAUUAGAAAAGAGAUUUAAAGAAACGAUGGAACAAGUCGCAGAAUUAACUGAUGAAAAACAGAAAUUGGAGCAUCUUGUUCUUCAACUUCAAGGUGAAACAGAAACUAUAGGAGAGUACAUCACUCUAUAUCAAAAACAACGAGCGGUCCUAGGAGAUAGAUGGAAGGAGAGAGAGCAAACCUUCCGUCAAUUGGUGGAACAACGUAAUCAGCAACAGGAACAGUUACACAAAUUAAAAGUAUUAGUUACUGAACUACUGAAGAAACAUCCUGAAACAUUAAUAAGUCCUACGGAACCUUGUAUGGAUUGUCAUAAAGAAAUAAUGAAUGUCGACAAUCUUGCAUUCCCUGAAAAUGAGCAUCAGGAGAAUGUGGAACUACCAUUGAUUGAAGAUAAAACGGCAUCAGAGAUUCUUGAUCUUCUGACAGAAAUCAAAGACUGUAAAGAUGCAUGUAUUAUUGAACCCAACUUUCAUCCUUGUCCAUGGUGUUCUGGAAGACUUAUCACAGUGUAAUUACGAAUAAAAUUAUUUCAAUCUUUGCUACAAUAAAAUAUAUUUAUACAACACA